AAGAUUCUGUCCUGGAUGGGUUUGUCCGCACACAACGCAACUUAACGGAGUAGAACUAUGCAACGUACAGCAUGUUUCUCUCCCUCCAUGCCCUGUGAUUGGCUGGCUUCUGUGUGGGUCACAUAUCUGAUCAGAUGGUCCAGGGCUGGCUCAGGGCUGGUGUCGGACUCGUCACUGCGGAGAGAAGGAGAUAUAAACUUCCAAUCUGCGCCGUGAUUUAUCUUCCCUAGAGUUGGUCCUUUCUCGCCGAAUACCCACAAUGGCCCUGCUCAACGCCCUCCUCCUGGCUUGCUUGUACCAUGCUACUCCAAUCUUAGGAUAUGGUCCUGAUAUAGGACCAGGUCCUUCACCUGCGCGAAUAUCGAUUCAGCAGAGCACUCUAGAACUUGAUCAAUGUCCCGGCUACAGGAUAACAAACGUCAGCAAGACCUCUGAUUCGGUGACAGCAGAUCUUUUCCUUGCUGGAGAUGCGUGCAAUACAUAUGGUUACGACAUCGAAGCCUUGAAGCUCCAGGUCAAUUGGGAGUCUGAAAAUCGUCUACACGUCCAGAUAUUCGAUGCUGCAAAGAACGUGUAUCAGGUCCCACAGGGGGUUCUGGAACGCCCAGGCGGAACAUUCCCAAGCACUGAUGCAAAAUUGGACUUUUCCUACACAGAGAACCCCUUCUCCUUCGUCGUCACUCGCAAAGGUGACACAGGACAAGCUCUGUUCAAUACUUCUGGCUCGACAUUGGUUUUCCAGUCACAAUUCUUGCAAUUCCGAUCCAGCCUUGUGGAUAAUGCAAAUCUAUACGGUCUGGGAGAAUCCACGGAUCCUUUUCGUCUAAAUACUACGCAGUACAAUCGUACACUUUGGGACAAAGAUACACCGUUCGUCCCUCCUGGACGGAAUCUGUAUGGCUCUCAUCCUGUAUACUUCGAACACCGUGGCAGUCAGGGAACCCAUGGCGUCUUCUUCCUCAACUCGGAUGGCAUGGAUAUUACUAUUGAUAAAACAGCAGAGAAAGGCCAGUACAUUGAGUAUAGCACGAUCGGCGGCAUCGUGGACCUAUACUUCAUGGCCGGUCCAACACCUAUAAAUGUUGCCGAGCAGUACGCCGAGAUCGUCGGUAUGCCUCAACUACCACCGUACUGGGCGUUUGGAUUUCACAACUGCAAGUAUGGAUACAGAGAUCUUUACGAAGUAGCGGAAGUUAUUGCCAAUUACUCCACUGCUGGCAUACCUCUUGAGGCUUUCUGGAGUGAUAUUAACUACAUGGAUCGCCGCAGAAUCUUCACGACUGAUCCCUUGAGAUAUCCAAAGGAUCUCUUCAGACAGGUCAUUGACCAUCUUCAUCAAUACGAACAGAAGUCUAUCUUCAUGAACAAUCCUGCAAUUGGGGUCGGUUCGCCUGCAUACGAUGCCGCUGUUGACCAAAAUGUGCUCAUGAUGUAUGCCAAUGGAUCAGGCCCAUUCACGAAUGUGGUGUGGCCCGGAGCCGCAGUGUUUCCGGAUUGGACUCAUCCCAACGCACAGACAUAUUGGACUGGUCAGAUCGAACAGUUCUAUAACCCCGAUACCGGUUUCGACAUUGAUGGCAUCUGGAUCGAUAUGAACGAGGCUGCCUUGUUCUGCCCGUAUCCGUGCACGAAUCCUUACCAGUUCGCAAUCGACAACAAGGUACCGCCUGAAGAUCCACCAGUAAGGUACAGCUCCCCUCGACCUAUUCCAGGAUUUGGUCCAGAUUUCCAGCCAAAUGACACCGCUCAAGCAGAAAGGCGUAGUGAGUGGCUAUCUUUGCCCACGUACAACGUACCCAGAGGUGUUGCGCAUGGCACAAGCAUGCAAAGGAGGGCCGACGGAGACAUGCUGGGCCUUGAAGGAAGAAACCUCACCUUUCCAGCAUACAAAAUUCGAAAUGAUAAUGGCGAGGUCAACAACUACUCAAUCGACCUUGACAUCACGCAUGCAAGUGGACAAAAGGAGUACGACAUGCAUAACCUCUACGGCAGAAUGAUGUCUCAACGCACCAAAUCGGCUAUGGAGUCUCGACGACCAGGAAAGCGAACCUUGAUCAUAUCCCGCAGUACCUGGGCUGGCACGGGCAAAGACGUCGGUCACUGGCUGGGUGAUAACGCGUCCCGCUGGGAACAUUACCGCUUCUCUAUUACCGGCCUUCUCCAGUUUGCCUCGAUCUAUCAAGUCCCAAUGGUCGGCAGCGACAUCUGCGGCUUCAACGACAAUGCAUCAGAGCAAAUGUGCGCACGUUGGACCACACUGGGUGCUUUCUCUCCCUUCUAUCGCACACACGCCGAUACCUCUGCCGCGCACCAGGAACUUUAUCUCUGGCCCUCCGUUACGGAAGCCGCAAAAUACUCCAUGGAUAUCCGCUAUCGUCUCCUCGACUAUAUGUACGGUCAAUUUCAUCGCCAAUCAACGACUGGUACGCCUUUCAUUCUGCCAAUGUACUUCCUCUACCCCGAAGACGCAAAUACUUUCGCCAUCGAGCACCAGUACUUCUACGGCGACGCGAUCCUCAUCUCGCCUGUGCUGUACCAGGAUUCUACCUCCGUCGAUGCCUACUUCCCAGCUGGCAACUGGUACGAAUUCCUCACUUACAAGAAGUUCACAAGCACUGGCCAGACCAUCACGCUCAAUGACAUUGCGUAUACGGAGAUCCCCGUGCAUAUCCGCGGUGGCACCAUCAUCGGCUCGCGUCUUCGCGGCCAGAACACCACUACUGCCACGCGCCGCCAGGACUUCCGCAUCAUCGUCGCGCCCGGCGCAGACGGCAAGGCGUCAGGCUCGCUAUACCUCGACGACGGCGAGAGCGAGACGCAAGCGGCCGUAUCAAACAUCGACUUUACUUUCGACGGCUCUACCCUCAAGGUCACUGGCUCCUUUGGCUACAACCCGGGCGUGCAGGUCGCAGGCGUCGUCUUUGCAGGCCAAACUGCCCAGCGGACCGUAAACGGCAGGGAGUCCACAUACAACGAAACAACGCAGGUGCUCGACGUCAAAGGCCCGUGGAGUCUCCUCGAGGGCUUCGAGGUCCAGCUCAGUGAUGCCUCUGCCUCUCCCUCUGCCACUCCCACGUGCGAGGGCACGUUUGGCGGCUGUUGAGGCUUGAGCAUUGCGUCUUUUGUUUUCGUAGUAUCGGAGCUUUCUCUCCAUCUUUCGACCUGGUGUCUUUUGUAUAACUUUGAUUUUAGGCAAACAUACAUAUUUUGCCC